UUAAACUUUUAACGUUAACGGAGGUCAAUUAGCCCUUCCAGAGUUCCAGCCGUUCCAGUUUACCUACCAUCUACCGCAACCUAUACCUCGGUUUCUUCUCUCAACCAACAGCCGUUCCAGAGUUCAAGUACGGUCGUUGCCUAGCUACUAUCCACCGCAACCAAACGGCGGCUUAUUCUCUCCAUUGCAAUCGACGAUACAACGCUAUUUCCUUCGCUCCCUGGCUGCCGGAGCAUAAUCUUCACCGCGAGAAGUUUCCUUAGCUCCCUGGCUGCCGUUCACGGUCUCCACGAAUUAGCCAAAUCAUUUGGGAUUUUCCAGCAUUGGAAGGACCUUCUUCCAGUCAUUCAAAAAUGUCAGAGCAUUGUCAAGAAGUUCAAGUCAAUUAUAAUGAAGAGGUUGGUAAAAGUCUGAAUGAUGGAAGUAAUUUUGAUGGUGAAGGGCAAUCAGCAGAGGGCUAUAAAAAAAUUUCCGAUUUGACACCUGCUGAUAUUAAGAGACUCGAAUUUGACUCUGAGGAUGAUGUUUAUGCCUUUUAUUCUUGUUAUGCCCAAAUUAAUGGCUUUUGUGUCAGAAGAGAUGAUGUGCGUCGUGAGUCAAAUAAUAAUAUUAUAAUGAGAAAUUUGGUUUGCAAUCGGGCAGGAUUGAGAAGUAAGAAGCACAUGGAAAGGAACGAUCGUGUUAGGGAGCCAAAGCCUAUCACGCGUACCAACUGUAUGGCACGACUUCGCGCAGAGUUCGAUAACCAUACAAGAAAGUGGAUGAUUGUUGAUUUCGAGGAUACUCACAACCAUGAGAUGACCCCAUCACAGUAUGUCCAUUUAAUGCCAGCUUACAGAAGCAUUAGUGACGGCAUUAAAGCACAGGUAGAUAGUUUACGGUUGCAUGGAGUUAGAACUUGUCACAUCAUGGGGCUGAUUAUUGGUCAAAAGGGUGGGCAUGCCGAUGUUGGGUUCUGCAAGAAGGAUUUGUACAAUUACAUUGAUCAGCAAAAGAGAGCUAAGAUAAAUGAUGGCGAUGCAUUUGCUGCAUUAUCUUAUCUCCAAGCCAAAGCAGACAGUGAUAGUUUUAUGUUUUCCAAGUUCACAACCACAGAAGAGGGGAGGCUCGAUAACUUGUUUUGGUCGGAUGGUGUAAGCAGGCUUGAUUACCAUUGCUUUGGAGAUGUUGUUGCUUUUGACACUACGUACAAAAAGAACAAGUAUAACAAGCCUUUGGUUGUUUUUUCUGGGUACAAUCAUCACGGCGAAACAGUUAUCUUUGCGUGUGCCUUAGUAUCCGAUGAGAAGACAGAAACGUACAAGUGGGUUCUGGAAACUUUUUGUGAAUGCAUGUUUGGUAAACAUCCUAAGGCAGUUGUCACUGACGGAGAUGGUGCGAUGCGUGAAGCGAUUAGGGCAGUGCUUCCGAGCUCCUUUCAUAGGCUUUGUGCUUGGCAUCUUCACAAAAAUGCAUGCGAUAAUGUGGAAGAAGACCAUUGAUGAACAUGGAGUUGCAAACAAUAAUUGGGUUAAGAAAGUUUAUGACAUGAAGACGAUGUGGGCAAGUGCAUAUAUGCGUGACAAGUUUUUUGCCGGUAUUCGGACAACGUCCAUCUGUGAAGGAAUUAAUUCAUUCAUUAAGCGGUAUGUGCAGAACAAAAACAGCCUUGUUGAUUUUAUGCAUAAUUUUGAAAGAGCCGUAAAAGAGUAUAGACAUAAUGAAUUAAUUUCUGAUUUUAAAUCCUUGUAUACUGACCCUCUGUUGACCACUCCUCUACAUGUCUAUGAGUCGUGGGCUUCACAAGUCUUUACAAGGAAUAAAUUUUGUGAGGUUAGGAAACAGAUUGAGAAUGUUGCUAGACUUAAUUUAGUUGAAAGGGUUGAGCAUGGUGGUGAUAAUACAUGUUUCAGAAUGAAUAAAUUCGGCAGUCCAGACACCGAGUUCCUUGUUAUGUAUGAUAAGGGUGGCUGUAAUUUUGCGUGUGAUUGUCGAUUGUACGAGUCUCAUGGUAUUCCUUGUGCACACAUAUUUUGCGCUAUGAGGCAUGAAAAUAUUGAUUCAGUUCCGAGUAGUCUUAUUUGCCAAAGAUGGACAAAAAAAGCUAAACUUGAUUCCAUGUCCUCAAUUGAUGGUAAUGGUGACGAUUCUGAAUUAUCCAACUUGGACAUGUUGAGGUCUGGUGCUAUCUCUGCGGCAUGUAACAAGUUAUAUAGAGCAGCUUGUAAACCACAUGCAAUUUCUUAUUGUGAAUUUUGUUUAUUCUAUAUAUUAAUAUAUAGCAUGAACACCAUUUGUUUUCUCUACCACACAUCAUGAAUUAAUUAUACAAUCCCUGUGCUCAAUGUAUACCUCAAAGCUUCACUGAAGUCUAGAUUGGUUUAGAGAAACACUAUUGCCAAUAUACAGAGUUUGCAUAGCCGUUUAUUCAUAAAUUUGAGGUAGGCAUUAGAGAACAUAUUGCCUGAAAGAGUGGUUAAAACAGAGGAAGCUGGAUUGCAUGCUGCCUAGUGAACUGUUUAUUCCUGUUAGUUUUUCUGGUAUCAAGUGUAUAGUGUGGAACAUGUGGUGUGUCUAAAUAAUUCAAAUAGAAACUAGUAUCCCAAUUAGAUUACACCAUCACUAGAGUUCUAGUAUCCUUGGUAUCAGGU